AUGGGCAUGAAGCAUGCGUCUCUACGGGCCAAUCGGCCAAUAGGGGCCAAUCGGCCAAUAGGGGUCAAUCGCGGGGUUUCGAGACUUCUCGGCAACGACCCAUCUGGAGUUUCUCGAAAACGUCUCGAAAAGGACGCGAAUCUGACGUGGCACGCGGAAGUCCCCGACGUGACGCCGUGCUUCCAGAGCACGGUGUUGGUGUGGGUCCCGUGUGGGUGGCUGUGGGUCAUGGCCGCUUUCGAGAUUCGCUCCCUCUUCUGGAGCAGAGGGAAAUACAUCCCGUGGACGCGGUUGAACGUCUCCAAGCUGUUCCUCGCGUCCUCGCUGUCGGCGCUGUAUGCGGCGGAUCUGCUCCGCGCAUUCGCCGCUGGUCGGUCGGCGCCGGUGUUCUACCUCACGCCGGUCAUUCUCGGCCUGACUAUGGUCCUCAUGUGCGUAUUCACGUACAUGCAGAAGGCUCGAGGCAUUCACACGUCGGGGAUCUUGCUCGUCUUCUGGGCCUUGCUCUUCCUCAAGGGUUUCGUCGCUCUCUGGAGCCAGAUCUCUCGCAUUUUCCAAGAGCAUGGAGGAAGUCCAGGGUCGUACGAAUUUGUGACUGCCACGAUUGCGUUUCCGCUCAUCGCUGGCGAGCUUUUGCUGCACUGCUUCGCUGACGCGCCGCCUAUUUAUUCGACGAUCGCGGCCGUUUCCGGGCAUCCGUGUCCCGAGAUGAGAGCAUCUGCCUUGUCUCGACUUGGGUUUUCCUGGUUCACGGAUCUCAUACGGCUCGGCUGGAGGCGUCCGAUCGCCUUCCGCGAUCUGUGGGACGUCGGCGUCGAGGAUGCGUCGAAGAGGGUUGUAGCAGACUUCGACAAGAAUGCGAGAGAAUCCACUGUCUCCAGCCGGAACGCAAGGGAAGACGGAGAGCGAACGAGGAAAAUUUCCAUCGUCGGUCCUCUGUGGAGAACAUAUUGGGCAUCAUUCGCCUUCAGCGGCUUCCUCCGGUUCAUCGGAGACACGAUCGCCUUCGGCAAUCCAUUUCUCCUCCACCAGAUGAUCUCGUUCGUGAGCGAAAACGCUCCUCUGUGGCAAGGCUGCGUCUACGCCCUCGGGUUCCUUCUCGUCGGCAUCCUCCAGGCUCUCUUCUAUUCUGCGUCCUUUCAGAAGCCCAGAUUGUGUGGAAUGCGAAUGAGAGCCGCAAUUAUUUCUGCUAUAUAUAGGAAGUCCCUGCGUUUGUCGCCAGCUGCUCGCAAGGACAGGACGGUAGGGGAGAUGGUGAACUUGAUGUCGGUGGAUGCACAACGAUUCUUGGGAAUUUCUGCAAACUUGAACAUGAUGAUUACCUUCCCGAUUCAACUCGGAAUAGCUUUCUACCUCCUCUGGCUUCAACUCGGCCCCUCAAUCCUGGUCGGCGUCGGCGUAAUGGCCAUCGCCCUCCCCAUCAACGGUGUGAUAGCCUCUCGAAUCCGGAACUUCCAAGCCCAGGGAAUGAAAGAGAAGGACGAAAGAGUGAAGCUUACGAACGAAGUCCUCAACGGCAUCAAGGCUCGAAGCUUUUCCUUCGGCAUUUACAAGUGGAAGAUCAAGGGUUACAACGAGGGCGUGAAUCUUGAGCGGGUGCUGAAGUUGUAUGCCUGGGAGCCUCCGUUCCAGGAACGAAUCAUGAAAAUACGAGACAGAGAGAUACAACUACUCCGAAAGCAAGCACUUCUUACCGCGACCGCGUCGCUGAUUUGGAUGUCCACUCCGUUUCUGGUGGGAUUGGCGUCGCUGGCUACCUUUGUGCUGAUCGAUUCGAAGCACGUUCUGGAUGCUUCCACAGCGUUUGUGUCACUGAGCCUCUUACGUAUCAUUCGCCUUCCUCUCACUUAUUUACCAUAUCUCACGUCUGACAUUGUUCAGACCAUGGUGUCCGUCAAGCGGAUCAACAAAUUCAUGAAUGCUCAUGAAUUGGAUCCUAACAAUGUAUCACACGAUCGAAAUCCAAGUUCCGACAACAGAGAUGCAGCCCUGAUCGAGGAUGGAACAUUCAGCUGGGCACCCGAUGAUCCACCAGUGUUGACGGACCUUCACCUAAGAAUUCCAGUCGGGAAGUUGGUUGCAGUCGUUGGCCAAGUCGGGUCCGGAAAAUCCUCUUUACUUUCGGCCUUCCUUGGCGAAAUGGAGAAAGUCUCUGGUCAUGUCCAUGUCAAGGGCAUUAAUCUGAGUGGAGGACAGAAGCAGAGAGUGAGUCUGGCCAGGGCAGUCUACAGUGAUGCGGAUGUUUAUCUCAUGGAUGACCCUCUCAGUGCUGUUGACAGUCAUGUGGGAAAGCACAUCUUCCAGCAAGUCAUCGGACCUCAGGGACUGCUUAUGAACAAGACGAGAGUGCUUGUGACCCAUGGAGUAACACACCUCCCACAAAUGGACCUCAUCAUCAUGAUGAAAGAUGGGAAAAUAAUUGAGUCAGGGAGUUAUCAGCAGUUGGUUCAGAAAAAAGGAGCUUUCUCGGAUUUCAUUAUUCAGUUCCUCUCUCAGGAUGCUUCCGAAGAAGAGGAGUUGGAGGAGUUGAAGCAAGGAGUCGAGAAAGUCACAGGGCAGGUUUUCAGUCGGCAACGAUCGAGGCAGCACUCAAAGCUUUCUGAGAGCGAACUGAAAUCGGUUCAAACAAUGCAAGUUAUUCCUGAUCGUAUUCCAUCUCUCCAGCUAAAUCUCCUCGUUUCUCCUGUUUCUCUUUGUGCUGAGGAACCAAAAGGAGGAGGAGGAAAGAGUGCGGUAUCAUUUGGCUCGGAUGUAGGAAGGCUCAUUGAAGAGGAAACUGCCGAGAGAAAAGGGGUGCAUUGGCGCGUGUACGCAUAUUUCCUGAAGAGCAUGGGCCUCUCCCUGUCUCUAGUAAUGAUCUUCAUGUAUGGAAUCAGUGAGGGAUUCUUGAUGGGUUCCAACAUGGUACUCUCCAGAUGGUCUGAUCAAGUCACUCUGAAUCAUACCACGAGCUCCUCGGAAAAGAAUGCAUUCAUCGGAGUAUACACUGCGCUCGGAUUCUGCAACGCUGCUGCCUUUGCCCUGGCUUCAGGAAUGCUAUGGGUUUUGGUCUGUGAGGCUGGGCGUAAACUCCAUGGCAACUGUCUUCGAAAUGUCCUCAGAAGCUCUCAAGAAUUCUUCGACAGGAAUCCAGUGGGAAGGAUUUUGAACCGAUUCUCCCAAGAUAUUUCAAAUGUGGACCGAGGCAUUGCUCCAUUCUUGGAAAAUGUCAUCGGUUGUGCCUUUGAGGUCAUUGGUGUCCUAAUAAUCAUUGCUUACACCGUCCCAUGGUUCCUCGUUGCUGUUGUCCCAAUCAUCGCAGCUUACUACUUUGCACAGGACUUGUAUGUCUCAACAGCACGACAGCUGAAAAGGCUCGAAUCUGUAUGGCGAUCCCCGAUCUAUUCCCAUUUUGGAGAUACUGUGAUCGGGAUUUCCUCCAUUCGCGCUUAUGGACGAGAGGGACAGUUCAUCAACGAAUUAGAGGAAGGGGUCGAUCGCAAUAAUAAGUGUCAAUUUCCUCAAAUCACAGCCGCCAGUUGGCUGAGAGUCCGACUCGAAGCACUUGGUGGCAUUAUAACAUUCAUAUCUUCUCUUCUUGCUGUGUUUGGAAGGGGUUCCCUGAGCCCUGCCAUGGCCGAUACGUUACCCAUGUCCUACGACGUUUAUUUCCAGGCUUCGAGAACCUUCACUUCGUUGGCGCGCAUGGUGGCUGAGGUAGAAACAAACAUUGUGGCCGUCGAGAGGAUCAAAGAAUACUGUGAGACACCAGUCGAGGCCCCGUGGGAGAUCCCAGAAAAGAAGCCAAAGGGUGACUGGCCUCAGGAAGGAACUAUUUGCUUUCGAGAUUACCAGACAAGAUAUCGAGACGGUUUGGAACUAGUCCUCAAAGGAAUCUCCGUUGAAAUCAGCGGUGGAGAGAAGGUUGGUUUGGUGGGUAGGACAGGGGCUGGGAAGUCCUCACUCAUGCUGGGGCUCUUUCGGAUCAUCGAAAAGGCAGGUGGGAUGAUCAGAAUAGACGGAAUCGAUAUCAGUCAAAUCGGACUUCAUGACUUACGCUCACAUCUCACAAUAAUCCCACAGGACCCAGUGUUGUUCUCGGGGAGCCUGCGGACAAACCUGGAUCCUUUUGAAAAGCAUACCGAUGAGGAAGUAUGGAGGGCAUUGGAGUUGUCUCACCUCAAAGCGUUUGUGAAGGGACUUCCGCAGGGACUUCAACAUUCUGUUGCAGAAGGAGGACAGAACCUCAGCGUCGGCCAGAGACAACUCAUCUGCCUUGCAAGAGCACUUCUAAGAAAGAGUAGAAUCCUUGUUCUAGAUGAGGCAACAGCUGCCGUCGACCUGGAAACAGACGAACUUAUACAGAAUACCAUUCGGAGAGAAUUCCAGAGCUAUACAGUUCUCACUAUUGCCCAUCGUAUCAACACAAUUAUGGACUACGAUAGAGUUCUCGUAUUGGACGGAGGAGAAAUCAAAGAAUUUGACUCCCCAACUAAUCUCCUUCAAGCUUCAAACUCCCUGUUCGCAACCCUAACAAGGGAUGCUGGAGACAUGAUAGCCUUCGCAAAUCCAUUGCUACUCCGUCAGAUGAUCUCAUUCGUGGAUGAAAAUGCUCCGGUGUGGCAGGGCUGUUUCUAUGCUCUCGGGUUGCUUCUCUCGGCCAUCCUGCAGGCACUCUCCUACGCGGCUUCGUAUCAGAUGUCAAGGUUAACAGGAAUGCAGAUGAGAACGGCUCUUAUUGCUAGCAUCUAUAAAAAGUCUCUGCGUUUGUCAUCGGCUGCUCGUAAGGAAUCCACAGUUGGGGAGAUGGUCAACUUGAUGUCCGUGGACGCCAAAAGAUUCUUGGACAUUUCAUUCCAUUUGAACAUGGUUCUUACUCUACCCAUCCAACUUGCAAUCGCUUUCUAUCUACUUUGGGCUCAGCUCGGUCCCUCCCUUUUGGCAGGAAUAGGAGUGAUCUUCGUUGCAGUUCCCCUCAACGGCCUGAUUGCUGCCCGGAUCCGGAAAUUCCAAGUAGAAAGAAUGAAGGAGAAGGACGAAAGAGUGAAGCUCAUGAGUGAAGUCCUCAAUGGCAUCAAGGUACUGAAACUGUAUGCGUGGGAGCUGCCAUUCCAGGGCCGCAUCAUGGGCAUACGAGACAGGGAGAUCCAAUUGCUUCGAAAGCAAGCGUAUCUGGGAUCGAUCAGCUCACUUCUCUGGACCUUCACACCGUUCAUGGUAGGCCUGGCAUCUCUGGCUACUUAUGUGCUGAUAGACUCGGCGCACAUCCUAGAUGCUUCCACGGCUUUUGUGUCAUUGAGCCUCUUGCGCAUCAUUCGGAUUCCACUAACUCACUUGCCUUAUCUCACCUCUGAAGUUGUUCAGACCAUGGUGUCCGUCAAGAGGAUCAACAAGUUCAUGAAUGCUCAUGAAUUGAAUCCCGACAAUGUAUCGCGCAACCAAAAAUCAAGUGCUGAUGAUGAAUAUGCAGCCCUGAUCGAAAAUGGAACAUUCACCUGGGCACCGGAAGAUCCACCAGUCUUGAAGGACAUUCAUCUACAAAUUCCAGCAGGGAAGUUGGUUGCAAUCGUUGGCCAAGUCGGUUCCGGAAAAUCCUCUCUCCUCUCAUCCUUCCUUGGUGACAUGGAGAAACUCUCGGGGGUAGUUAACGUCAUGGGGGAGGUGGCUUACGUCCCUCAGGAGGCAUGGAUUCGUAAUGCGUCAGUCAAGGACAAUGUGAUUUUUGGGAAAACAUAUGACGAGACAUUCUACAAAGACAUUCUAUCUGCUUGUGCUCUGGAACAAGAUCUAACAAUAUUACCAGCAGGUGACAUGACUGAAAUCGGGGAAAAGGGCAUAAACUUGAGCGGAGGACAGAAACAAAGAGUGAGUCUGGCGAGGGCAGUCUACAGUGACGCAGAUGUUUACUUCAUGGAUGACCCUCUUAGUGCUGUUGACAGUCAUGUAGGAAAGCAAAUCUUCCGGACAGUCAUCGGACCGAAGGGACUCCUCAAGAAUAAAGUGAAGUGGCACGUGUAUGUGUACUUCCUAAAGAGCAUGGGACUGUCCUUGUCUUUGGUCAUGAUUCUCAUGUAUGGGAUUAGUGAAGGAUUUUUGAUGAGUUCCAAUAUGGCCCUAUCCAAAUGGGCUGAUCAAGCUUCUCUGAAUCGAACCAUUGACGCCCCACAGAGGGAUUCAUACCUCUCAGUAUACGUGGGGCUUGGAUUCUCCCACGCUGGUGUGUAUGCCUUAGCAGCCUUGAUGAUGUGGCUGUUGGUUUGUAAGGCUGCGCGGAUACUUCAUCGCAACUGCCUCCAGAACGUCCUGAGAAGCUCUCAGAAAUUCUUCGAUACAAAUCCUAUGGGAAGAAUUCUGAACCGAUUUUCUCAGGAUGUUUCAGCUGUGGAUGAAGGCAUAGCUCGAUUCUUGGAAGAAACCAUCAGAUGUGCCUUCGAGGUAUUUGGCGCCCUUGUAAUUAUUGCCUACACUGUCCCAUGGUUCCUCGUUGCAGUCAUUCCCAUUAAUACUGCUUACUACAUUGCCCAGGAUAUGUAUGUCUCGACAUCACGGCAAUUGAAAAGACUUGAAUCUGUGUGGAGGUCACCUAUCUAUUCACAUUUUGGAGAGACUGUGUCUGGCAUCUCUUCCAUACGAGCCUACCGAAGAGAAGGACAGUUCAUCAGGGAAUCGGAGGAAGGAGUUGAUAGCAACAAUAAGUGUUUAUACCCUCAAAUCACUGCCAACAGCUGGCUGAGAGUCCGACUUGAAGCACUUGGUGGCAUUAUAACAUUCAUUGCUUCUCUUCUCACCGUCUUCGGAAGAGGUUCAUUGAGCCCGGCCUUGGCGGGUUUGUCCAUCACCUACGCCAUGUCUGCUUCCAGAAUUUUCAACUGGCUGGCUCGGAUGGUGGCUGAGGUAGAAACCAACAUCGUGGCAGUCGAAAGGAUCAAGGAAUACUGUGAGACUCCAACUGAGGCUCCAUGGAAGAUCCCAGAGAAAAAGCCAAAUGAAAAAUGGCCCCAAGAAGGAAAUAUUUCUUUCCGUGACUACCAGAUCAGAUACAGAGAUGGUCUAGAACUAGUCCUUAAAGGUAUCACUAUGGACAUCAAAGGAGGGGAAAAGAUAGGUGUGGUGGGCAGAACAGGAGCGGGGAAGUCUUCCCUCAUGCUGGGGCUCUUUCGUAUCAUCGAGAAGGCCGGUGGGAAAAUCACAAUUGAUGGAAUCGAUAUCAGUCAAAUCGGACUACAUGACUUACGCUCACACCUCACAAUAAUCCCUCAGGACCCUGUGCUGUUCUCGGGGAGCUUUCGCAUGAACCUGGAUCCGUUUGAGAUGCAUACUGAUGUGGAAGUAUGGAGAGCCCUGGAGUUAUCGCAUCUCAAAACCUUUGUUAAGGGACUCCCGCAGAGACUUCAACAACCUGUUUCCGAGGGAGGACAGAACUUCAGUGUCGGCCAGAGGCAACUAAUCUGCCUUGCAAGAGCAUUGCUGAGAAAGAGUAGAAUCCUCGUGUUAGAUGAGGCAACAGCUUCUGUCGACCUUGAAACAGAUGAGCUCAUUCAAAAUACAAUUCGGAGUGAGUUCGAGAGUUGCACAGUUCUCACUAUCGCGCAUCGAAUCAACACCAUCAUGGAUUAUGAUAGGGUUCUGGUCUUGGAUAGAGGAGAAAUCAAAGAAUUGGACUCUCCAACCAUUCUCCUUCAAGUUUCAGAUUCCCUGUUCGCGGCCCUAACAAGGGAUGCAGGCGUGGCUAUGCCCCAAUCAACUUAG